GCGCGAUCGAAGGGUCGGUCAGUUCCAGUGAAGCAGCGCUCAUGAGGAGGACGGGCCUGUGACAUGGGGUGAUGCGCCUACACCUCGCGAGCUAGGGAUGAUAUUGCUGAUGAUGGCGGCAUCAGCAGCUCUCCUGGUGGGCACUGGUGCCAACUACCCAGUGUUUGAGGCGACUAACAACAUGAGACAAGUGCUACUCCCCGCAGACACUAGGACAGGUACCAUAAUCUACCGGUUACGCGCUUCAGACGCUGACCGUGACUACCCGCUCACGUUCGCUGCUACAGAUUUUGGAAGCUAUGUUAUUCGCAUAGAGACUCUACCUUGUUACGUGAACUCGUCUACUUGCUCGGCUAACGUGUUCCUGGAGCGUAGUGUUGCACCUGGUCAGCUGUACAAGUUUCGCCUAACAGUGCGAGACACCGCAGGGGAUACAACCACAGUAGCAGUCACCAUCGAGGUGACAGGUGGUUCCAGCGACAUCAAUGCUGUCUUCCCACACAUCCCAGGAGUCAUCAUGGUGCCUGAGGAUACUAAAGUUGGUACAGAACUAGAGUAUGUAAUUGUGAGGAAGAACCCGAGAAAUUCACAUCCAGCCUUAUUAGAGCUCUGGAAAGAGGUGAAUGGAAGUUAUCUUCAGCCAGCUCCAGAGUUCCGAUUGGUCCAGAGCUCCAAGAAGGAUACAUCCACAGGACUGAUAAAACUAGCCCAGGAACUGGACUACGAACAGCAGACCAUGUACAGGCUAUCAAUUUACGCUUUGGACAUGUAUGCAGUACCAGGGGAAGACUCCCGUAACAUUGCAGGGUUCCAGUUAGUGGUGGUGGUGGCAGACAUACAAGACACUCCACCCCUCUGGGACCACAUUGCCCCCAUCACUGUCCUCUCAUCCAACCUGAAGGAGGGAGACUUAGUGUUAAAGGUGACAGCUCGUGAUGGGGACACAGGUUCACCUCGGCAGAUAAAGUAUGGACUUGUCUCUGAGGGCAAUCCUUUCACAGUUUUCUUCUCCAUUGGCAGGGACAACGGAGAGAUACGUUUGGUGCGGCCAUUGCGGGAAUUAGUAUCUAUCUCCCACGCCCACCAGCCAGUGCUGCUAACAGUGCUAGCUGAAGAGGUAGUGGACUCCCGCCAGGAUGAACUCCCUGCCAUGUCCAGCGAAGCUACUGUUGCACUCUUGUUGGGUGAACUGGGCAACACCCCUCCAUAUUUCCAAAGCUCAUUUUAUUCAACAAUGAUUGAGGAAAACAGUGCUCAAGGGACAAUUCUGCGAUUUGAUGAUGCUUAUAACACACAAGUCAGAGAUGAUAAUAUGGGUAAGAUGGGAGUUUUUGCACUCUCAUUGGAAAACAACAAUGGAACUUUUGAAGUGAGUCCUAAUAUUGCUGAGCGACUAGCAGAUUUUGUCAUAAGAGUCAGGGAUAACUCCAUGUUAGAUUACGAAACCAACAAAGUCCUCACAUUCAAGAUCGUGGCUAAGGAAGUAACCCCAGGGAAGAAGUCACUGUUCUCAACAGUGAAUGUUACUGUACACUUGUUGGAUAUGAACGAUAACCCACCCGUGUUUCUGGCACCACAGUACUCAGUCAGUAUGCCAGAGAAUGUGACUUUAGGUCACCAAGUCAUAACUGUGGCAGCCCAAGACCCAGACACAGGACUGGGAGGUCUGGUGAGGUACACAGGACUCCAAGGGUACCUUAACACUUCCCUCAGUCUGCAUCCUCAUACUGGUACCAUCACUGUCAACACCAUCAAGCAUGGCUUCGACCGGGAAAUGGCUUCAGAAUACCAUUUCUUGGUCGAGGCAAGAGACAGUGACGGAUUGGGCAAUCGUGCAGCUGUACCUCUUACAAUUACAGUGCUGGAUGUUAAUGACGAGGCACCCAAGUUUGUACGAGAUCCCAUGGAUUUCAUCUUGGAUAAGGACGGACUUGGAUUUACAGAGAGAGCUUUUAUUAAGGCUAUUGACAUGGAUGCAGAGCCACCCAACAACAUUGUUCGCUAUGAGAUAGUUAGUGGAAACUAUGGAGACCGAUUCUCCGUUCAUGGAGAAACUGGUGAACUGAGAGUGGUGAAGUCUGUUAACCGGCCUGUCAGACAAGCUUCAAUCUCUGUGAUGAUACUUACUGUGAGAGCAUAUGACAUGGGAAUCCCAACGCAGUGGAGUAUUGCCCAGGCGCGAGUAUACCCGUACUCGAGUGGGGCGAGGGUGCUCACAUUCAUUGUUCCGGGGAAGCCAGACAAGGAAACAGUACAGAAGCUUCUGGAGGGAGUUACAGGGGGAGAAGUUACCGUACAGGAGGUAAAAGCCUUCCACAACUACCAGGGUCCGGCUCAGGAUCUAACCCAUGGCAGCUCUGACACAGACAAGAGUGUUGUGGUAGCUACAGUCUUGUUUACCGGGCACUCUGUAAUUGAUGUGGACAAACUUCAACAUCAACUCAACAACAGGACUGAACUUGUUGCUACUGUCGGGGAAUAUCGAACAGAGAACAGAGUCCUAUUCUGGAUUCUGCUGAUCAUCUUGCUCCUCAUUGCCCUCGCUCUAAUUACUCUGCUAUGUUGCUGCCUCUGUCCUUGCUGCCCUCUCUUUGCAACCACAAGAAAAAGAAGCAGAGUGCACACAGCAGAAAAUGUUCGGUUUGUAGUGAAAGAGGAAGAGCCUGGGCAUGAAUCAAAAGCAGUCCAAGCAGAGUGGAAUGGCACGGAACGUAAGGAGGCAUGGAGUGGAGAUACGUAUACUAGACGUUCAUGGCAGUUCAACCGUCGUAACACUAGACACAUAGAGCCUCAGCGGGUGGUAUUGGUAGCAAGAGGAGGAGAAGAACCCCGCCACGUUCCUCCACCACCACCUCACCCUCCACCACUUCCAGUUAGUGUAAUAUACACCCGGGACAUGGCUCAACGCCAGGACCACAUCAUUCUGGAGGAUGUAGAUGGCACUGAAUAUAGAGUUCUAGACCCUUCAAGGCUGUCUCUCCCUGUUAGAGUGGAACAAGACCCAGAUACAGAGUCUAUUCGACGUCAUGAAUUUGACAGAGGCUCUGAUAUGGGAAGAGAACACAGAGAGAACAUUCCAACUGACCCAGAUCCCAGACCUCGAGACCAAAUGUUCAUCAGAGAUGGCAAUGCAGAAAUCCUCAGAUUGGUGACUCGGGGACGUGCUGAAGAGGAGGAGCCAAGACUGAAUCAGCCAGACACAAGACCUUACACUGUGGUAGAAGGGGUGGAAAGUGUAGGGAAGCAAGAAGAGGAAGGGAAAGAAAUCAUCAUGCAACGUUUCAUUCAAGACCAGAAAAAAUCUACAGAAGUAAAUGGAAAAUCAAAAGAACAAGAAACACAGCAAACCAAAGGAAAUAUGAAUGAAAGCGAAGACAAGAAACAUGGUUCUGAACAUGACCACUUACUUCAGAGAGUUAUGGAUGCUCCUCAAAGAAUACUUUCAACUGGUGAAGUUAACAGGUUAACAACACUACAAAGAGAUUUAUUAUUAACCAGAUUUCUUGUUGAAGAACAAAGGAGAACGUUUGCCAAUUUACCAGUACAUGAUGAUACACAAAGUCUUCCAGGAAUAGUUACCAGUAUGGCUUCAAUGGCAACACAAACCGAUGUGAAUAGAGCCACUCAGACAGAGAUGCUUUAUACAAUGAGACCUCCAAGGAGAAAAGCAAAAAGUGAUCUUGAUGAUAGUGAUGAAAGUGAUACAGAAAUCAGUUCGGAUGUUCAUGGGAAAUUUAUGAAACAGUACAAAAAGAGCAGAAGAAAAGCUCACAGAGGUUUGGAUGUACCUGAAAGAGGAAGAUCUUUGAGUAGAUGUGAGAUUAAAACUCCAAUUUUAGAAGAAACAGAGAGUGCAAUAGAGAAUGUUGGAAAUAAUACUCAGGCAAGUUAUAUAAGAGGUGUUGCAGAUCAGACAGGAUUCACAGCAACAAAAUCAAGCAUGUUAAGAAUGCAGAUGACAAGAAAAAAAUUCCAAGAAGAAUUGAAUGCUCAGGAACACACUGUUCCAAUAAUGAAACAAACAAACAUCUCUCAUAAGGCAAAUAACGCUUUAGUAGGAAUAAAAAGAAGGAGUGUCAGUGAACAAAACCUUCCUUUGGCUACAACUGUUUACAGUAAUAACAUGUAUAAAGAUGUGCAGCAAAAAACUGGAACAAAAUCCCUUCAAGCAACACCAGUAACUCAAAGAAGAGAGUUCAGUUACCUUCAACAAAGACAUACAAGUACAAAAACUCCACAACAGGUAGUUAGUUUUGAAGAUGAUGAUUCAGAAGAAGAGCUCCAAAACGUUCUUGACCGGUCCAAAUCAAGUUUAGGUACAAGAAAUGCAUGUACUAGUCCAAUACAAACUUUUUCCAAGAGACGAUCUUCCUCUGCAGAAAGACUUAGCUCAAGAUCUGAUAAAAAAAGGGUAUCACCUGAUAAAACAAGGAGUGGUGUAAUAUCAAUGGAAAAUAGAAAAGCUCUUGGCCAGUCUCGAUACAUGGAGUGGUAUAAGACUAAAAGAGAAGAAAGAGAAAGACAAAAAGCUGAAGAAAAAGAAGCUGAACGGCAAAGAAUUAUGGGACCAGUUAAACAAUUGAGUCGUAGACCCUCAAGACGGGACACCCCAACCCCGGUGGCCUUCAAAUACGAUGAUAAAAUUUCAAGGAAGACUCCAGACCUGAAGUCAGUGAAUACAGUAGUUUCCAGAAGACAGAAUACAAUCAAACAAAAUGUCAUAACUGCUCUUCAGGAAAAUAAAAAAAGUAGUAACCCAGAGGAAAUUCAAAUAAAAAGAUCUCCAGAGAGAAAACUAAGUGUUAAUGAUCUAAAGGAAGAUUACAAACAAAGAGUGUUUGAAGAUGAUAGAGACUCAGGCAUUGCAAUGUUAGCACCUGGCAGUCAGAAGAUGAAAAGAAAAAAUCAAAAUCUCAUGGAAAAGAAAAGUGUGUUUACAAUUGCAUACGAUGACAUGCAUACAAAACAACUAAGACUAGACAGUGCCUCACCACCAUAAUAAUUAUUAGGUAACACUUAACAGGAUUUUCAAUAUCUGAUAUGAUAUAGAUGGUAUUAUAUUUAUGUAUCUUAUUAUAUUACCAAAGUCAAUUAUAAUAUAUUUCAGUCUUAUUUGAAUUCAAAAGUUAGGUAAAUACGAGUUCAAACUUACUUUAAAAUCACCUUUCCUCAGUAUCUGUGGCUCACUCUACACCACACAAUCCAAGACCACUCUAGACCAAGGGCUCAAUCCAAUAUGUGGCCGAGAGAGCUCUUGGGUGGAUCAUCUUAGAGAGCGAGAACAGAAGUCUUACAUCAGUUUUGUCUACAUUCACUCUAGAUCAAUCACCAAGGGCAUCAUAUUUGGGUGAGAGAGAGCACAUUGGUGGAUCAUCUCAGGAAGUAAGAACACAAGUCUCAUAUCAGUUUUGUUAUAGUCCGUUCUGCAGUGGUAUACUAACUUCAUCUGGCUAAAGAGUGUGUGGUAAGGGAGUGGGUGAAUUUAAAAGACAAUAGGUUGGUCAAGUGGUACCUCUUAUGAACCUUUUUAAUUUAUUUUGUCGAGUACAUCAUACACACUCCCUCCUGAUAUUAGAUGCAAAGGAACUUUUGAAGAAAGAGUUUGUCUGCUCUGGAUUUUUCUGUUUCACCUUUAUACUAAAGGUUAUCCAGUUGUAGGUCCGUAAACUACCCUUCAAAUCAGCUUCUUAGUCAAAUGUAAUUAAUUUUUCGUCCAAGACCUGUAACGGGUAGUAUUGUAAUGUUUACUGAUCCAUCAAAAGGACUGGAAAGAAUAUGCAGUACUUGUUUCUCUGAAGUAAUGAAUGGUUUUGGACUGAUCACUACCACACUGAUACUGCUCCAUCAGCUGGAUAUCGAAAUAAGGACAGAUAAGAGGCUAUAGUACAGAGUUGUGGUUUAAUAUUCAAACAAUAAAUUUUAUUCUUAAUCCAUAUCUUAUAUGAUCAUGAUAAUGGAUUUUUUUAAUUAUGAUGUUUGUAGCUGGUGUAUUACAUCUUGAGGUAUUGGAAAAAGAUUUUUUGGAAUGGUUAAAACAUCAGUAUUUAUCGAUAAACUAUUAUUGAAAACAAAUAACAUUUAUAAGUAGCAGAAAAUUGUCUUCUCGGUCACAUAAAUAUUAUUUUAAUUUUUGUAUGCAUCCCUCAAUCAAUUUGUUUAUUAACAUCAAGACAAGUAUAAAAUUAAUCAUUGUAUUUUGUUUUUAAUUUAUCUAAAUAUACCUCUUUUGACUACUUUUUUUAAGCCUAUAGUAGACGCUGAACACGGAGAUUACUCAGACCACUCUCCGGACUUUACGUCAAGCAGUGUCCUGCACAUAAUGAGUAUAAUGAAACAUACUCAUAAAUAUAUAUUUAUGUUAUCUUCUAUAAACAAAAGUAAAGAUAUUUACUAAACAAGAAUCGUACUUAAAACAGUAGGAUAUUAAAUAAUAUUUACAUAAUUUGGAGUUGUUUUUAUGUGUAUGGUUGUUAUUUAACUUUUUUAUUGGAUAACAAAGCAUCUAUUUUUUGUUACAGUUUUUUAUUCAUGUACAAUGUAUUGAGUUAAUAAAGGUGUAUCUAUAACUUGGUUUUGUAAUAAGUUAUAUUAUAUUUGCAAUUGCUGCAGUAAUUUAGAUGAGUUUAUUUAGUAUACUAUAAUUACAUUUUUUAACAUAGAUUUUCUUAAAUAUUAUAAUUAAGAAAGAAAUGCUAUGAACAUUUUAGUUACUUUUUUAUCAGUCGCGUGUCCAUAUUUUUUCAUCAUAUGUCUGAUGGAUUCAGCAAUCAUUGUGCCUGUAUAAUAAAAUCAAACUUCUAGUAACAAGUAUAAAUUAUGUAUUAUACACUGUUAUUUUAUUUGGUUACCUAUAUCAAAAACUUUAUAUUAUGUACAUUUAUAUUUUCUUAGAAUAAUUUCUAUGAAAUUCUUUAGAUUUUAUUUACUUCUUAGGAUAUUUGCUAACUUGAACUACUGCCAUAAUAUUUCUGAUUUCUAUACAUUCAGCUAGACAUUUAAUUACUCUAUUUCUAAACAGAGUUUAUAUACUUUUAUUACUGUAGAGAUUUUAUACAAAUUGAACCCUCCUGGUAUUGUAAAUUAAAUAUAUUUUGUAAUUUAAGGAAUAUUUUGACACUGUUUGCAAGUUUACAGUGCUGUAAUCAUAGCUUUAUACGUUGUAUAAAAUAAAACUGUACAGAACU